CCCGCCCCCUCCUCGACCUCUCUCGUAUCUAUUUACAUGACAGGGAGAAGUUGUUCUGGUUUCCUUCCAUUGUCUUCCAUUCUUUUAAUUGCUUCGAUUUAAUUAGCUUUCGAGAUGGCUCUCCUUACUUCCUUGCCCGAACAGUCAGAUUCAGGUCCCGACUCACAAGUCCCAAAGCGCAAGCGAAAUAAGCCGCAGAAGAAGCAGAAACCACCGUCUUCAUGGGACCAAAUCAAGAAUCUCCUCACCUGCAAACAGAUCCAAGGGUCGAGAGUUCACGACCCCUCCAAAAACCCCACCCCAGUGGGCUACUCCAAACUAGGAUCUUCUUGCAGCUCCAUCUGUAGUUUCAAAGACGUUGUUCACGGCAACACACGCGUUGUUCACAGGCCUGAUAACUCCUCGCCGGAGAGCAGUGCUCUGGGUCAGCAAGCCGGGUUACUGAGCCGGAAGCCUCCGAAUAACUCGUCAUCUCGGUCGGCCAAAUCCAACGGCGCUCCAAACGGCACUACAUGUUCUAGAGGGAUGCAAUUCAGGAAACUCUCCGGCUGUUAUGAAUGUCGCAUGAUUGUUGACCCUUCCAGGCUCCCGAUGCCGAGAAGCACUCUAUGUUCUUGCCCUCACUGUGGAGAGUUCUUCCCUAAGAUGGAAAGCUUGGAGCUUCAUCAAGCUACUCGCCAUGCCGUUUCAGAGCUGGGGCCGGAGGAUUCGGGUCGAAAUAUUGUGGAGAUAAUAUUCAAGUCAAGCUGGCUGAAGAAGGGCAGCCCCAUCUGUAAGAUCGAGCGGAUACUCAAAGUCCACAACACCCAGCGCACCAUCCAACGGUUCGAGGAGUGCCGAGACGCAGUGAAGAGCCGUGCUCAGUACAGCGUCAAGAAGAACCCCAGGUGCGCCGCCGACGGCAACGAGCUACUGCGAUUCCACUGCAUCAGCCUCUCAUGCUCCUUGGGUGCACGUGGCUCCUCCUCCUUGUGCGGCUCGCUCCCCGGCUGCGGUGUGUGCACCAUCAUCCGCCACGGCUUCCAGGGCAAGUCUGAUAGUGCCGGUGCGGCUGAGCAGCCACACUGCAAAGGAGUGCGGACCACGGCCAGCAGCGGUAGGGCCCACGACGCCUUGCAGUGUAACGAUACUAGGAGGGCGAUGCUGGUGUGCCGUGUCAUUGCCGGGAGGGUGAAGCGCGUGGCGGAGGAGACUCCGGCGGAGGAGGAGACCGUAUCGGCUGGGUCUUAUGACUCGGUAGCCGGGAGCGCCGGGGUCUACUCGAAUCUCGAGGAGUUGGUAGUGUUCAAUCCGAAAGCUAUCCUUCCUUGUUUCGUCGUGAUUUACAAAGUGAUGCCAUGUUGAGGAAGGUCACCGUUAUUGAGAAUCAGAGAUCGGAUGUACUUUCUGGUCUGCUACACCCGCCUCCUCUGCUCCCGCAUAAAGCCGGGGUGGACAGUGGACCCUACUGUUUGUCUAAUGUGUACAGUGCUAUCUCUUGCUGUAGGAUGUACGCUGUAACAAAAUCUCCCCCGUUUUUUUUUUUUAAUGAGUUUUGGCCAACUGUUUAACUGCACGCAGGCGCGUGCUUUUCAAUAUAUAGUAGUACGUGCCAGUUUCAUGGCUUCACUUAAUUUAUUUAGGUUGAGUGAAACUGUGAAACUGGAUUUUUCUUCCGGG